CGGUGUAAACCUCCAUCCUGGCAGGUUAAAAAGGUGAGAAGCUCUGAGACAUUCAGAACAAAGCAGGCUAAAAGUGUUAAAGAGACAACAGACUCUGAGAAAAUUACGAACUCGGAUCAAGAGACGAGGAACAGUUGACUUACUUAUCGAGUACAUCUCAGAUGAUUGAAGCUUCCUCAAUAAGACUAGUCCUGGUAGAAUAGGAGGUAGCCCAAGGGGCACAUGAAUGAGGUAUAAAUCGGGUAUGUCUUCAUCGAUCACAGAGAGGACCCGUUGUCAGUGCUACCUCACAAGGGAAUAGAAAGCCAUCUGUUUCUGUCUGAUUACGACAUAGCUCUUCAUCGUCUACCAGACCAAUUAGAGGUUCCAGUUCGUGAUUUGCUUCAAUUGUAAAUCAAAAAAAAAUAUGCCUCGCGAGUCACCAAUGUUUUCCAAGUUGAAGCCCACAGGAACAUCACCAGUGGAAAUGAAUCCAAUUACCCAGUACUAUGACAUAGGGAAGCAUGUAGGAAGCGCUGGACCGGAGCUUGUCUGGAAGAUAUGUGAUGCUAUUCGGAAGUCUGACAGAAGGGAAGCAUCCGUGUUUAUCUUUGAGAAACGUGUGGCAGAUAAACUUCACAAACCCAAACGAAAAGAAACCAUCACAGAAAUCCUGAGAUACGGUGUUAGACAGCUGGACCGAUUUAAACAUCCCAAACUAUUAACAUUAUAUCAUCCUAUCGAGGAGUCAAGCGACACUCUUGCAUUUGCAACAGAACCUGUCUUUGGAAGUCUUGCUAACGUUCUUGGUUGCUUGGAGGACAGACUACCUCAAAAUCUACCAUCUGCCGUUAGGGAGUACAACUUCCUACCAAUAGAGAUAAAAUAUGGACUUCUUCAGCUCACUGAAGGGCUAGCAUUUCUUCACUAUUCCUGUAAGCUGAUUCAUCGGAAUGUCUGCCCACAGUCAGUAAUCAUUAACAAAAGAGGAACAUGGAAACUCGCCGGACUAGAAUUCACAGAGAAAUGUAACGAAACUGACCCAAUGAAUGCUGUACAUUGUCAGCCGUUUACGUCGAAGUUGCCUAAAAUGGGACAGCCACAUCUGGACUUUACUGCUCCAGAGAUCCAGAACUCGUCUACGUGCUCACCUUACAGUGACAUGUUUUCUCUAGGACUACUGAUUUGUGCUGUCUUUAACAACGGGCGAUCAAUUAUUGAGGCAAAUUUAAGUUCAAGUACUUACAACAAGCAACUGGAUUUGCUAGAACAGACUCUCCAUGAUCUGUUGGAUGGAAUACCUCACCAUCUACAGGAACCGCUCCAAAGUCUUCUUAAGGUUGAUCCUAGAAAACGACCCAAUGCUCAGAAUUUUUCAAUGAUAAAGUAUUUCCUGGACUCUUCAGUACAUGCUCUUCAAUACCUAGAUGUCAUUCAAAUGAAAGAUACCACCCACAAAUCUACUUUCUAUCAUGGUCUCAAAGGAGCGCUACCUAACAUUCCUAGGAAACUUUGGUAUCAGCACGUUUUGCCCUCUUUAAAAUCUGAGAUUCAUUCCCCCGAAGCUCUAGCCGCAGCACUCCAGCCCUUUCUCUUCAUAAUAGAGGAAAGCACAGCCGAUGAAUACCAGACGCUUAUUCUUCCUAUGUUUCGAAGUGUAUUCGGAAUGCCGAAGUCAGUUCAGGCAACAGUUACUCUUCUGGAAAACCUGGACAUAAUCAUGAAAAAAAUGUCAAAGACUGAUAUCAAGUCAGACGUCUUACCAAUGAUGUAUAGCGCUUUCGACUCGACAACACCACAAAUUCAAAGCGCAGCUCUCUACGCACUAGCCCAAGUGGCAGGUUAUCUGGACGAAAAUGCUGUGAGAAAAAUGAUUCUUCCAAGAACAAAACAGGUCUUUGAUAACCACACUGGAACAAAGGAGGACUCGGUUAUCCAAGUUCAGGCCAACGCUCUGAUAUGUAUUGAAAAGAUCAUCGAUAAGUUAGAGAAGACAGACAUCUUGGACGAGGUACUCCCAAUGCUCAACAAGGCCAAACUUCAGGAUCCGGCGAUACUUCUGCCGGUAGUAAGAAUAUAUAAGCACAUGCUCGGAGACAAGCGUUAUGGCCUGACAGUUAAUCUCCUAGCAACCAAAGUUAUGCCAGCUCUCAUCCCAGUCGUGGUGAGUCCAGGACUUAAAUUAGACCAGUUUACGAGUCUUGUGGAGUUAUUGCAAGAGAUGCUGGAUCACGUCAGCAAAAGUCAAAAGAACAAACUGAAAUUAGAGAAACUUUCGAUGUCCUCCAUGGAUAAGAACUCGUCGAUCCGAACUAUUGAACAGAACACUGGUUAUCCACAUCGUCCUCCAUCUUUACGACUGGAAUCUCGUCGAACUUCCAUAAGUAUGGAAGACGUAAUACAACAAACGUGCAAUUCAACAUCUUUAUCACCAGACUCGAAUUUAUUACGUGUUCAGGCAGGAUUACCUGGACGUCGUCACUCUGAUGACACUAUCCAACCACCUAGUAUCUUAGUGGCGCCCUCUAGUCCAGAAGGAUGUCUGUCACGUGGUCCCAGUACCGGAAACUUACAUAUGAGACGUCAUUCUAGUGUUAAUCCACUGGACAUCAAAAUGACAUUCGCAACAACACCAAAGCCGGUAACGCCUUCCAACUUAGGUGUUGAUUAUUUUGCGUCUGGACGAGGAGGUAGACGAUACUCGGCCACUGCUCUGUACGAGAGUGUAGGAGGUGGAAUGAGCUCAGCAGGUUCAUCUACAAGUUUACUUAAACAAAUUGGAUCGGGUGUGCAACAGCUAUUUUCGAGCAAAUGAAGAACGAUUCAUCAGAUGAGUAUUGGAUCACCGAGCACGGCCUACGUUGAGUGGUUCUUGAAGUUGGAUUAAUCUGAGCUCCACCUUUCUUCAUUUGUUAAGUGACGUUACAGAGAGACUGAAUGAAAGAAAAUAAAAGCAAUAUAGCUGUUAUUUGAAAGCAGGGUUUGCUUUAUACAUAUCCUUCGAGCUUCUAACAUUCUUUUCUUUUAGAUAAAUUCAAAAGAUUUGCGCAGAAGAAAUUAAAGGCUUUUGGUUCUAUAUUAUAAACUAGAAAUAUAUAAAAAUUUUAUUA